UUUCUGUCGGAACGCUUCAGAAGAAUGAGAUGAAUAUGGACGAAAGAGAAUUUUUUCUCUUAGGAUUAGGCCUCCUUGGUCUACUGGCUUCGGUAGCAGCUGUUGUUAUCGGAAUAUUCGGAGCCAUCUUUAUAUCCUUGUCAGCAUUUUUGGUUUAUCAGGGUAGCAGCUAUAUUUCAAGAUCUCCGUUCCGCGUUAGUAAUUUUCUGAAAAGCUAUCGACCGCCACGGACAGUCUGGUGUUCAAAGGUUGAGUUUGGGGAUAUAUGGAUACCUCCUGAUGUAGACGAUGCACUAGAAAGAUUGUAUGAGAGAAUUGUGACUGAAUUUAUCGUUAGUUGGUAUAAAGAUAUAUCUCCAGAUCUUGAGUUUAUCCAGCAGAUUAGAAUUAUAAUUAGAAAUAUUACUGCAAACAUUAUCUUCAGACUUAUGCGGGUUGAUAUAACUGAACUAUUAAUGGUUGAUAUUGUACCUAUUGUCGCACAACAUCUAGACUCUGUUCUAUGGACUCGUCAACACACCCAGGGAGAGCAGGGAAAGAAGAACUUUAAAUCAAAUUAUAUCGCCCUUGUAGGCAAAGAUGUUCAUAUAGCCUUGUCCUCUAGAGAGGCAGAAGUUGAAUAUUUAGAAGAUUUAUCAGCUAGAAUUAUUCCUCUUAUUUACAAGGAGGGAGUUAAGAGCAGAUUAGUUUCUAGCUUUGCUCUGAGUUUAGUUAGCAGACCUAUUCUACUAAACCUUCUAGACUCACUCUGUAAUCCAAGGAAUGUGAACAAACUUCUUUGUCUCUGGUUUCACCCAGAUCCUGGGAAGGAGUUUUUAUCCUCACCUGCACCUCCUGUCAAACUCCUAUUUAGAUUUGUUCAUUCUCAUCAUCAUUCAUCUCCAUCAUCCUUUCAUGUGGAUUUAUCAGAGAUUCUUAGUAACCAGGAGCUGUUGUGUCAGUUUGUCCAUUACUUAAAGGGAUGUGGAGGUGUUAAUCUACUUAACUUCUGCCUUGCUGUAGAGGAUUUCAAUAAGAAAAUAAUGAAUGCCGGUCUCACCAAAACAGAGUUGGUCAACCUUCAUGCGGAAGCCAAGGUCUUGUUCAAUACAUACAUGAAUGUUGGUUCAUCGCAGUUCAUUUCCUUUACUUCCGAAAUAGUCGAAGACAUUAACAACAUCCUUCUAGGGGAGUUCAAAGAUGUAGAAAAGUUGAGAACCACUCCUCCACUCUUCCGUGCAUAUGAGCAGGCCUACAAUAAUCUGGAGGACAACUUCUGUCCAGACUUUCAUCUUAGCUCACAGUAUUUAAACCUGAACUUUGGUUGUCGACUUGCUGAAGUCAAACCUAAUUCAAUAAACAAGUCCUCGAGUCAAGACAGGAAUAAGAAGGGUUGGCUCGCGUCUAUAAAUCCUUUCAGCAAAAAAUCUAAAUGCACAACUUCCCAAUCUAUUUUUUAUGAUGGUUUAUCACUGCAUGAUGAUUGUCCUAUUAGUAUGAGUGGGUUAAGACGAAGUGUAUCAGAAUCUGAUAUUUUGGAAGAUAAAUCAGAGGAUAAAGAUAUUUCAAGGUCUUGUGAAAAUUUGUUAGAAGAUGAACAUUCAAAUGAUCUCUCUUUAUAUGACCUGUCACCUGCAACCAGAGCACAGUCUUUGGAUAUGUUGGAUGAGCCUAAGGACGUAUUGUCAAGUCCCCGAAGUAGCACAAUGCCUAAAGAUUUAAAACCUCUUGAAAAGGCAAAAUCUUCUCGUAAAGUCAAACCGAAAGCUUUGUUAAAAAGUAUCUCCGUUGGAGUUGAACAUAAUGUUGCGUCGCCGCUGAGAAAGAUGUCAGAUGUUGGAAGAAAAAUGGCGUCUGUUCUACCCUGGAGACGGGGUUCUAUAUCGUCUCAGACCUCAAACACGGAUUCUAUAAUAGAGGAAACUAAAUCUUGUCUGGACCCAGAGCAGGAGACUGAUGCUGAUAGGAUUCCUGGAGGUAAGCUGAGCCGGUUAAAGCAGGGUGUGCUAGGAAACCCUGUUGAGGGCUGCCCGUGUCCAGAUAGAUUGACGGAUUCAGCUUUCGAUCUGGUCUCUAAUAUGAAGAAUGAUUCCAGUAAUAUCAACCAAGAUCUGGAGAUUAGAGACUUGAGCGCCUGGAGAGUUGAGAUACGGAACCUGGAAACAAGAAGUUUUGGCGGGAAAUCUUGCUUUGUUUUUAUUCUCCAGGUUCAAAGAAUUGAUGUAGCGUCAGCUAGUGAUGGACAGGAUUUAGAGUGGACUGUUGCAAGGCAGUAUCAUGAGUUCUAUACUUUGCAAUCUGCUCUCACACAAUUCCAUGGAGUAUUAGAUGAUAUAAAGUUACCAGCCCGCAGUAAACUCUUCCGAGGACGGGGUCUAGAUGUACUUCAGUCAAAAAUUGAACCAUUUCAGGAUUAUCUGGUGAAACUGCUGCAGCAACCAAGCCUGAAAAAGUCAGAUCUUCUUUUCACAUUUCUUACUUCGCAAGAAGAGUUUACUGAAGCCGCGUCCCAGCUUGGUUUAACCAGAAUGAUUAAAAAUGUUCCCAAAAAACUAACCAAGGAGAAAGGACAGUCCUUACAUGAAUUCAUCAAUUCAUUCAUUAAUUCAACAAUUCCUUCAAAAGACAGUGAGUUCAGUUUGUCAGUGGAUGACAGUAUUUCCGACAAUCUGGAUAAUAAAUCCAUUUAUGCAGAUAAUUUUUCCGAGCAUUUUCCUUUUAGUGGAACAACCCUGGGACCCAGCCAAACCUUCAAACCAGAUGGGCUUUACGAGAUUAUACUGUACUUGUGCUUCCGUGUGUUCAAAGUUGGUAAUACAGUCAUCAGGUUAUUAUACAGCGUGAAAUGGAUUCUAGAGACCUCUGUGAAUCAUAUUGUUAACUACCUUCUAGCAUCUAAACUUAACACUCUGCUAAUUCAUAGCAGAGUGUCAUAUAUCAUUGAUGUAAUACAAGAGAGUAUAUUUUGUCCUGAGGAGAAUAUACCUGAUGAAGAACAUAAUUUUAUAGCAGACAAAACACUUAAAUACUUCAGGAAGUAUAUUCCCAGCAUUUUAGAAACCAUUUCCCCUGCUGGGUUUGAGUCAGGAACUAAAGAUUUGUUUCAAACAUUCCAGGAUCCGUGGUUGAACAAGCAACUGAUAUAUACACUCCUAGAAAAUAUUCUUCCCAAACUUUUCCCAGAACUAAGAAACUGAGCAAGCAAGCUAGACUUAAAAGUUAAAAUAUCAAUUUAUCUUUAAAUUUUACCAUUCGAUCGUGCCAGUCAUCAGUUAUUCAGUCAUCAUACAUGUUUUGGUCUUCUUAGAAAAAAUUAAUUUUACAUAAAAAAAAUCUUAUAUCUUGCAUUUAAAAAAAACCUCCAUGUUUUUUAGCGAUUCUCACAGAAAGUUAUUUUCUAAAGAUGCUGUAAGCUAAUUUAUUCAAUUCAUAAUUAGGGACCGAAUUCAAUGAAACUGAGUUAGGUAGCUGAAUUACUACCUACUGUCGAUUCAAAUAUUUCUUGUUAGUUUUGCUGUGUAGGUAUCAUCGGGGACAAAUUCUGAAUCACCGAUCCCAUGUCUUAAUUAUGUAAACAGCUAAACUGCACAACUACAGACAAGUAUUUGAAUCCACUGUAGGUAGGUCAUCAACCUAGCCCAAACUCAUUAAAUUUGGUUAUGAGGGUAGAAUUGGAAAUUGCUUCAUAGCAAGCGCUACCUCCAUAAAAAGUUUGUUGUAAAGCUUUCUGUAAUCUUCAUGCCGCUAUAUCGUAACAAUGAUAAUGAAGUUGGGAUUUAAUUUGAUGGUUUAAUUAUUGAAAUAUUUGAGUCUAAUUGAAGAAAAUAUUAAUGCUCUGAUUAUUAUUCGGAAACUUUUUACCUAAAACUUUUUCUUCAUUCUGGAACCUCGUUUUUAAAAUAACAGACCAUUCCUUUCAAUUUUGUUUUCAAGAUUGUUUUACGCAGUAACAAAAUCUGUAAAGUCUUGGCUUACAAAACGGCAUUAUUAGAAACUUAUAAAGUUUUGGUUGUUAAACUUCUUGUUCAAGCGAAAUGGCUAGAUUAUGGUGAAUUUUUAUUAUAUUUUUAUGAAUAUUUAGAACAUAUCUGUUUAGUAAUCUAACUUUUGUUAAAAAUGUGUUAAUAUUUGUGAACAAGCUGAAUCAAAAUCUAUGAAAUUAGUCCAGGGCCAAGACAGCUUGCAUUCUUCUUGCAUUUAGUAUCUUAUCCUGUGAUAACGAAACAACCAAUAGUCAGAGUAACUAUCAAUCAUAUUCAUGUUUAAAUGUUUAUUAUGUGUGUACUGUGUAGCGUAUAGGAAUAAAUUUUUAAGAUAUCGUUGUUUUACACUCGUCUGACAACAACACACUAAAAUGUAUGUAUUUAAUGUUAGGACAAAUAAACUAUGAAUUAAUA